GUUCGAUACGCCGCCACCGAAAUCUCCUCGGCCCGCUCCGCCAGAGCUCACGGAAACUACUUACGAGUCUCCUUCAAGAACACGCGAGAGACAGCUCAAGCCGUCAACGGCUGGAAGCUACAGCGCGCCGUGAAAUUCCUCCAAAAUGUGCAGGAGAAGGUUGAGGCCGUGCCAAUGAGAAGAUACGCCGGUGGCACUGGACGCGCCGCACAAGUUCCGGUAAUAGGCAAACAAUUCGGCGUAACGCGUGCGCGAUGGCCUGUCAAGUCAGCUGCCUUCAUCCUCGGUCUCCUCAAGAACGCUGAGGCCAAUGCCGACACCAAAGGCCUUGACACCGGCAACCUCAUCAUCAAGCACAUCCAAGUUAACCAGGCCCCCAAACAACGACGACGAACGUACCGGGCUCACGGUCGUAUCAACCCGUACAUGUCCAACCCAUGUCACAUUGAGCUUAUUUUGACCGAGGGUGAGGAAGUCGUACAGAAGUCUGAGGCAGUAGUUGGACGUGAGGCCCAUCUCAGCUCGAGGCAGCGAGGUGCCCGUACCCGUCGGGCCAUUACUGCUGCGUAA